UCCGUUUUGGGCGCAAAAAGAGGUUUUGCAGUACCAUUUUUUUCGAUGUGGUGGUAGACCGUAGUGACACGGUUCCUUUUGUUCUCAUUUAAAACUAUGUAAAACCGUCUCAAUUUUGCGUCGACAUUUAGUUACCAGCCCGUCCUCGCCAGCGAAAGCAAAACAUAUUCCGCCAGUAACGAUGUUACCCACAAUCUUCCUCUAUACUUUUGUACCUCUAGUCUAUUUUCGAAUAUGUCGCAAACAAACGGUUCAUUUGCCUACCACAUGUACCGUAAGCCAUCGUCAUAAGUACCACACUGCAAACGAAUGCGAUCAGCAUGGUCAAAUAAUGUCGUGUUCAAUGGUAGCAUCUAUCUAAGCCCGUCAAUAAACACUUGCUUAGCGGAAGAACAGACUUUAAAACCUGUUUUAUUGGUCAUUCGUCACACCACCCAACCAAUGUAAAAAGAAAGCAUCGGGCAAUGGAAUGACUAUACGACCACAAGUGGAUGCUGCGCAUGAUAUGCGGUUUACUUUUGACACAGGUGGAUAUCAGUUUUCGCCGGUCAGAACUCCGAUCAAAUUAUAUAUUGGACAGAAGUUGCUCGGUUGGGAGAAAAUGAGCACGGAUUGUCAGCAUAAAAGUGGAAGAAAAUGGUUACUAGUGAUUGCUGUUUUAAGUGUUCUGGUAACAUCAAAGGUUUAUGCUCUUGAGUUCAGCUUGGAUCAUAAAUCAGAUGAAAGUAGUGCUAUCACCACUGUCGUUUCCAUUGAAGCGACAACCAUGGACGAAGCGACUCAAACGGAUAGAACGGAUUUAUACGAGGGUACUACGGACGUAACCGAGAGCUGGACAACAGAUACAACGGAGGAUGGAUUAGAACAGGAGGCCACGUUUCGCAAAUUGAAUUGUACUGAGUGCAAAUGUGGCAACCGAGAUUCACUGGGCAAAAUUGUCGGCGGAUCAACCAGCAAGGAGAACGCCUACCCCUGGAUGGUAGCCCUGUACUACAGGGACCGAUUUACGUGUGGCGGUUCACUGAUAACGGAUCGCUAUGUCCUAACGGCUGCGCACUGCGUGUUCCGGUUGAGUCCAGCCCGCUUCCGUGUUCAACUUCUGGUGCACAACCGCACCCAACCGACGACGAACUCGGUGGAACGGAGCGUCAAAGCCAUCAAGACGUUCUUCUACAGUGGGUUGUCCAACAACAAUGACAUUGCACUGAUGGAGUUAACCUUCCCGGUAACGAUCGCGGAGGAUCAUCUGGUACCGAUAUGUUUGCCUCAGACCAAUGACGCCUUGUAUGAUGGGAAGAUGGCCGUCGUUACGGGUUGGGGUAAAACUGCGUACGGAGGGUUGUCAGCUACGUUACAGGAACUGGAGGUGCCGAUAUUGACUAAUUCAAGGUGCCGGAGGGCGGGUUAUUGGUUGUUCGAGAUCACCAAUCGGAUGCUUUGUGCGGGGUACAUAGAGGGCGGGAGAGACUCGUGUCAGGGAGACAGCGGUGGACCCCUUCAGGUAUAUAACAAUGAAACGCAUCGUUACGAGUUGGUUGGAAUUGUGUCCUGGGGAAGAGCUUGCGCACAAAAGAACUAUCCUGGAGUGUACACGAGGGUCAAUAAGUUUCUGCGUUGGAUUAACAACAAUGUUAAAGAUUCAUGCAUUUGUACGUAAUAAAACUGUUAAUAUAAUGCCAUCGAUUUUAUAGAA